AUAAAUUAAAUAAAUUGUGACAAAAAAAGCCAUAAUAUUAUAAGAAUAAAGUUGUAAAUUGCUGGAAAUAAAUUUCAUAAAUUAUGACAAAAAGUCAUAAUUUUACAAGAAUAAAGUCAUAAGUGUACAAGAAAAAGAGAAAAAAAAGUCACCAGAAUAACGUUGUUAAUUAAGAGGAAAAAAAGGUGUAUAUUUCUGAGGAAAAAAAACCUAAUAGAGGGAUAAAUAUAAAUAUAUAAAUAUAGAGGGAAAAAAACUAUUUACAACAUUAUUUUUGGAGCAAAAAUGUUGAACAACGCUUGUCAGUGUCACGUGCACGUGAGGAAGCCACAUGCACGUGAGGAAGUGUGUGUUGCCGCAGAGCCGGUCAAUACAUCCCCCUUUCAAGCACUCCCAGUAUCUCCAGUAAUGUGCUGUGAUAUUCUCCAGGGCGGCUCACUCUUUCUCCCUGCUGCUUCUCCUUCCUUAUCUUGUCUGAAGGAGCAUCUUCGGAUCGGACACACCCAGAACCUCUGCAGGAGACUCUACACUCAUUGUGGGUUGUUGUUGUUUUGAAGAGGACAAUCAUCUGAAAGAACUCCAGUAAAUCGUGGACCCUCGUGAGGCUCGAAAGGAAGCAGACCUACAAAGAUGAAGAAGUCAGAGAAGCCCGUCUUCUCUCUGGAGGCCGACGACAGGAUGGAGUCGGAGAAAGGUCGGCCCACGGCGUCGCAGAAGGACGUUCUGGCGUCUGUUUUAAACACGGGACCGGAGGCGCCCAAAGCCCCCAUGGACACGGACUACCAGGAGGAGAUGGAGAAGACCCGACCUCAAAUACGCUUCAACCUCAACUUUGACAAAGGAAUCCGAGGCGAGGAGGGGGACGCCCCCAAGACAGAGGGUCAGUCGUUUAACAUCGAGAGGCUGUUUGACGCGGUGGCCAGUGGGGAUGUCGGCAGGUUGGACGGCCUGCACCGGUACCUUCACCAAAACAUGAAGAAACUGACCGACACCUUGUAUCAGUCGUACGGUAAAACGGCCCUGAUGAAGGCCCUGCUGCACCUCCGAGACGGCAAGAACCCAACCGUUGAAUUAUUGUUGGAGGUCUCAGAGAAGAUGGGAGACAUCAAAGAACUUGUGAAUGCAGCUUACACCAACACUUACUACAAAGGGCAGACGGCAUUGCACAUCGCCAUCGAGAGGAGGAGUCUGAGCUACGUCAAGCUUCUGCUCAGUAAAGGAGCGGACGUUCACCCAAAGGCCUGCGGGAAGUUCUUCCAGCCUCACGAUGGCCCAAACUUCUACUUUGGUGAGCUUCCUCUGUCUCUGGCGGCAUGCACCAACCAGCCCGAGGUGGUGUCCUUCCUCCUGGACAAUGACUACCAGCGGGCGGAUGUGAAUAUGGCCGACUCCCAGGGCAACACGGUGCUCCACGCCUUGGUGGUGGUGGCCGACAACACCAAGGACAACACCGACUUCAUCACCGGCAUGUACGACCUCAUCCUGACCGUCACGGCCCGACUGAGACCCAAAGUCAACCUGGAGGAGAAGGAAAACAUCAGCAGGCUGACGCCUCUUAAACUGGCUGCCAAGACUGGGAAAAGUGGGAUUUUCGCUCACAUCCUGAAGCGCGAGUUGCAGGAGAGCCACACCAAACAUUUGUCCCGUAAGUUCACCGAGUGGGUUUACGGGCCAGUCCACUGUUCCUUGUACGACUUGGCCUCUGUGGACUCGGUGGACGAUAAGUCAGCCCUGGAGAUCCUGGUCUAUGGCAGCGACAUCCCUAACCGCCACGAGAUGCUCCAGACUGAACCUCUCAGGCAACUCCUGGACGACAAAUGGAAGAGGUUUGGAGGUCGAAUGUUUGGUCUCAACUUCCUGGUCUACUUGGUGUACCUGAUUAUCCUGACCACGGUGGCCUACAACAAGAAGGAUGGGAAGGUAGGAUGUCAGCUUUCAUCUUGGUGGACUCGUUCCACUGAUGCUCCUUUUUUUGCUCUCCAGACGCCUUUCCCUGUGGAGCACACCACGGCAGGGUACCUUUAUGUUUCAGGACAGAUCCUGUUAACGCUGGCAAACUGCUAUUUCUUCAUCGUGGGGUUACGAGACUUGACCAGGAAGCGACCAAAUCUGCAGACCUUGCUGAUUGAUGGAUAUUACGAUAUCCUUUUCUUUGUGCAGGCCGUCCUCUUCCUGGUUGCGGCCGCCUUGUACGUCUUGGGUAGGCAAGAGUACCUGGGCUUCCUGGUGCUGUGCCUCGCUCUCAGCUGGGUCAACCUGCUCUACUUCGCCAGGGGGAGCAAACACAUGGGCAUCUACAGCGUCAUGAUACAGAAGAUGAUCCUCAGCGAUAUCCUGCGCUUCCUGUUUGUUUAUGUCGUCUUCCUCUUCGGAUUUUCAGCAGCGGUGGUCACCUUGCUCAUCGAGCCCCCCGUGAGGAACACCACCAAGAAGCGCCUCUACGCGCCCAUCUACCCCGACGCAGACUGCAUGAAGCCCACCUUCCGAAACAUCUCCUACACCACGCUGCAGCUCUUCAAGUUCACCAUCGGCAUGGGCGACAUGGAGUUCACCGAGCACUACCAGUACAAGGAGAUCUUCUACGUGCUGCUCAUCUCCUACAUCAUCCUCACCUACAUCCUGCUGCUCAACAUGCUCAUCGCCCUCAUGAACCGCACCGUGGAGAAGAUCACCCUGGAGAGCGCCAGCGUCUGGAGGCUGCAGAGGGCCAUCACCAUUCUGGACAUGGAGAAAAGGCUGCCAUUAUGUCUGAGGAAGAGGCUUCGCUGCGGGGUGGACAAAAACCUGGGCACGCCCUCUAAGCCGGACCGCCGCCGCUGCUUCAGGGUGGAGGAAGUCAACUGGAACAAAUGGAACAGCAACCUGGGAAAAAUCCACGAGGAGCCCGGAUAUGGCGACCAAGUCCGCCAGUCGACAUCAGACUCACCCAUCAGAACACAGAGAGGGAGGAGCUGGAGAGGCUUGUUCUCCGAGAGCAGGAGAGGAGGAGCAUACGAGUCCACAGAGAUGAGGGACGUCCACCAAUGCUGACGCACACAAGUAGCCGACGUUAGUUCAAGUUAUUGAAGGAGGUUCAUCAUUAAUGUUGAUAUCGGAUAUCAUCAUUUAAAGCUGCAAUAAAGGCUGCUUUGGUGCCUGGGUGGUGGUCUCACCCAACAUUUACAAGCUGGUGGUGUCAACGGCUUAUACUGUAUAUAUUCUGACUAAUAAGCAACCACAAAACAGCAAUCAUUUAUAAAUUCUUUGAAAAACUGCUACGUAGCAAGGGAUGAUUACAGUACAAUUCUAUUUACAACCCGCAAGGUAUGAUGGGAAGAUACCCAGCAUGCCUUGUGGAUUAUAAGUGAGUAUAAAAAUAUUUUUAUAUGCAUACACCAGUUUUAUUUUAUGUUCCACAUGUUUUACUUGUAUCAUCUUUGGCAAGUCGAUGUUUGCCUCCGACGACAUUCUGUGCAAGUCAAGUUGCAUCAAUGCAGGGCAAAGGAGAUGGCUUUUCGAAACAUUAGAAUCAUAGAAUGAUGAUUUCCCUACAACUAAAAUGUUUAGCAUUAGCAUUGUUGCCUUUGAACAUUCAGGAUGAAGAUUUUGAGUUUCGCAACAGCUCAUGCAAACAGCAGCUCAGACGCACAUGAAAGCAUAAAUUAGAAUUUUAUUUUAUUAUUACAAUAUUACAAAAAGAGUAGCACAACUCUCACGCUCUUACUCCUUGUUCAUCUUCAAAAGAUAACAAAAGAUAGGCUGUGGACCUUCUUCCUUUUCACAGCAAGGAGGGAAAAAUAAACUUAAAUAACGAGUAAAUCAAGUAUUAUAAAUAGUCACGACUGCAAACUGAAGCUUUGAAACCUGUGUGUGUGUGGGAUGGG